CUCCCCCCGCCGCGAUGACGUCACCCUGCCGGCGCAAUGACGUUGCUGCUUUGAAGCCUAGCUGCCUAAUUGGCGGGAAAAGCUGGAGCGCGCUGUGACAGUAGUGACUGAGCGGUGCCCGGCCGGAGCCGCACGUCACCCCGGGGUGUGAGUGAGGGCGACUUACCCGGAGGAUGCGAGAGAGGAAGCCAGGUGGCCGGGCAUAGCAUCGGGAGAGCGGGAUUUCUGAAUCAUGGCCGUCCCAUUUGUGGAAGACUGGGAUCUGGUGCAGACUCUUGGAGAAGGAGCCUAUGGGGAGGUACAGCUAGCAGUGAACCGGAAGACUGAGGAGGCGGUUGCAGUGAAGAUUGUGGAUUUGAAGAGAAAGGCAGACUGUCCAGAAAAUAUUAAGAAAGAGAUCUGUAUCAAUAAGAUGCUCAACCACACGAAUAUUGUAAAGUUCUAUGGACACCGCAAAGAAGGCAACAUCCAGUAUCUGUUCCUCGAGUACUGCAGAGGUGGUGAGCUCUUUGAUAGAAUAGAGCCGGAUGUGGGAAUGCCUGAGCAAGAAGCACAGAAGUUCUUCCAGGAACUGAUUGCGGGUGUGGAAUACCUGCAUGGUUUGGGGAUUACUCACCGUGACAUAAAACCGGAGAACUUGCUUCUUGAUGACCGAGAUCAGCUGAAGAUUUCUGACUUUGGCUUGGCCACUGUUUUCAGACAUAAUGGACGGGAGCGGCUGCUGAAUAAGAUGUGCGGGACGCUGCCGUAUGUUGCGCCAGAGCUUAUUAAGACGCGAGCGUUUCAUGCUGAGCCUGUAGACAUCUGGUCAUGUGGAAUAGUCUUAACAGCUAUGUUAGCUGGGGAGUUACCGUGGGAUCAGCCGAAUGAUGCGUGUCAAGAGUAUUGUGAUUGGAAGGAGUCGAAGCACUACCUGACCCCAUGGAAGAAGAUUGAGUCUACGCCGCUUGCACUGCUGUCUAAAAUACUGCUUGAAAAUCCCAGUUCCAGGAUGACUAUAGCCGACAUUAAGAAACACUGGUGGUUCUACAAACCGAUGAAAGGGGUCAAGAGAAGCUUCUUGUCCUUAGGCGCAACAUCUGAAGCGACCGGACCUCUUGGCAAACACGUUCGGUCUGAUAUGAAUGUGUCGCAGCGCUCCCACAGUGAAGAGUUGAGGACCUAUUCCAGUACACAGCCCGAACCGCGCACCACCCUUACUGCCUGGGACAGCAGCCCGUCUCACAUAGACAAACUGGUGCAGGGUAAAGGCAUCAGCUUCUCACAGCCGGCCUGCCCUGAGAACAUGCUUCUGAGCAGCCAGUUAAUGGGGACUCCAGGCUCCUCCCAGAACCCGUGGCAGCGUUUAGUUAAGCGGAUGACCCGGUUUUUCACAAAAGUGGAUGCGGAGAGCUCCUAUAGCAGUCUGAAGGAAACGUGUGAAGCGAUGGGCUACGUAUGGAAGAAAUGCUGUGCCAACCAGGUGACACUUUCAACCACUGACCGAAGAAACAACAAGUUAAUAUUCAAGGUCAAUUUGGUGGAAAUGGAGGAGAAAAUUUUAUUGGAUUUCCGCCUUUCCAAGGGUGAUGGUCUGGAGUUCAAGCGUCAUUUCCUCAAGAUAAAGAAGAAGUUGGGCGAUAUAGUUGCAGUUCAGAAAGGGGUUGUCUCUGUCACCUGAUCACAGGGUAAAUGGGCCUUGAUAUUUUGCCGCUCUGAUAUUGCACCUGUUACGGUUUAAAUACGAACUAGUUCCCGAUAUCUUACGUGGCACUGUUAGAUUCUGUAGUUGGCAACGUGGUCUGUGAUGGUGAGAGGACGGGACGACUUGGAGCGUUUCUGGAGAAGGGAGGAGACCUGUUCGUGUUGAAGUACCGGACAUGUUAUAAGUGGCCGUUUUCACCGUGGGAUAUAACCUGUUUUCCCGUUGCUGCAAUAAUGCACACGUGGCUUUGGCUUUCUUCUGUGACACUUUUUUUUUUUUUUUUUUUUUUUUUUUUUUUUUUUUUUUUUCCUCGUUUCUUCAAUGUCCUGAGCACAGAUUUGCCCUGAUACUUUCACUAGUGUAAAUUAUUGUCACGGAUGUGUGCAGACUAUGAACUGGUAGUCAGGCCACGAGCAAACAUGAAGACAAGUGGGAAUAGGCCUCUUGUUAUAAACGUGAAUCCAGAGAUGCUGUUCCGGAUAUGUACUAAUAUCCACGUUGAGUGUUUCAAACAUUGCCGGUACGGGAGACCCUAUAAAUAUGUAUAGCUAUAUAUGGAUGGCUACUUAACGUGAAACCUGUUUCCUGCAAGUUGGUUUCAGAAGUGUUAAACAGAGAUCAAUGGUAAUAACUAAUCAGUGCCCUGCAGCGAUCAUUGUACGCAAGAGAAAAGUGAAUGUUUAAAAGGAUGUAACGUUGCUUUUAUGUGGAAAUAAAUGCAUUACUUUUGUGAAAA